CUACGGCACCUUCCAUCCCCGGGAGUGAUUUUCCCCUUAGUUUCGAAACUAUGUGUGAAACCCUGCUCUGCAGAAGCAGUAGCCUCAGUGAGUUUAAGGAUGACUGAAGCUAUUUCCUCUCCCGAGGAGGUUUAACAGCUACGGAGGGAUGAAUGGGGUUAGACCUAUCGCUGCAUUUCUAGCAGCCAUCCUAUUACAGCACUGAAUAAAAGCAGGAAUGGCAUGUCUAGCCUAGGUUAAUAGACCCUACUGAGUGCAUGGCUUAAAAGCACUACGAGACAGCCUUAAGUCGGCUUGAGAUAACUAAUUUCAAGCAUGGCUGUCUAGUGUGUCUGUCAUUCUUAUUGUCCUUCCAAACUAUUUCAGACAUUUUGAGCGGGGAGUACUAAGCUAUGAGUUAGCAGGGGUUGUGACAUUAAUGGUCCAAAAAGGUUUAAGCACCAGGAGGGAACGAUGACAGCCCUUAACAACUGGUGGCAGUUUGGAGGAUUCCGCUGGAUCUCUGUUUAUUAAUAAUUAGGCUUCGCCUCGGAGGAAGAUGUGACAACUACCGGAGGAACAGACAGCAAGCACACAGCGUGGGAAAUCAGCAAGCAGCCUGAGCCGAACAGGAGCAUCUCUCUGGCACACUCUUGACUCAGAAAAGCAAAUACCACCCAAGGACAAAGUGGUCCGAUGGAGGUGACUGAGGGGAAGGCUGGGAAGCCCCUGAUUUCACACUGGCACAUGCAAGGAUACACAGGGAUGAGUGAGUGCUGGAGAAAGAGCUGCACAGCUGCUUCUACACAGCCCUGGCAUUUCAGAAAGUAAAGGUUGCAGAGCCAAGGUCCUCCCUAUCUGUGUGCCAGCCACGGGCUGUGCACGAUAUUGGGACUGCACAAACCCCAAGCCCACUUUCCUGCCCGACUCCUGCAGUUUUCUUCUGAGGAGCAGGGCAGAGGCGUGAGUUUUGCCAAAUGACAGCAAAGGCACCGACUCUGCACCGAGCAUCCCACCCUCACGGAGAUGGCCGUCAUGCCCCGCAGGAGCCCAGGCAGCCAGGGAUGCUCAGGCAGAGCAGAUGGGAACAGAAGUUUUUAUAAAGGUGGGGAUAAGGAUCUUCGUGAAAUAAAGUUUGGAGAGAGAAAGUUCAGCUUUUUUGGGCUGACUUUAUUCAGAGGGUCUGUGCACCCACUUCCUUCUGGCAGCUCAUUUCUGAGUAAUUACUGAACGCUGGUGCUUCACCUCUAUUUAAGAACACAAAGCAACUCAAACUGCCUGGGAACUGCGAAGAGGAGCAAGAAAUAUUUGGAGACAUCAAGAGGCAAGCUAUAUGGAAACCUUCUGCUUGUAGAUAAGCUGCUUUCCCAAAGGUGGAAACUACAGAAGUAUGUAGAUGAGAAGGAAAAUCUCCCUGUCAGAUCCCAUUGAAAUCUCCAUUUUGGGCACUGCUGCUCCGCUGCUGCUAAGAUUGCGUCAAUGGGCUCUGGAGGGAGCCAGCAGCCAGUGCUCUUCAGAUGGGAGCAUAGGACUUGCAACAUGGGGCCCAAGAAAGACAAGGAGCACGGCAAUGGGAAAAGAAAGCAGAAGGCCUCAGCACCCUUCCCACCACCAAAGAUGGUCCUUCCAUCGUCCCACUGCAGCGAGCAAAGCCAACACUGGGCAAUCCUCUAAAAUGUUUAUUUGGACCAGUGGCCGGAGCUCUACAUCUUACAGACAUGAUGAGAAAAGAAAUAUUUACCAAAAAAUCAGGGAUCACGACCUACUGGACAAAAGGAAAACAGUCACAGCCCUCAAAGCCGGAGAAGACCGGGCCAUACUCCUCGGGCUGGCCAUGAUGGUGUGCUCUAUCAUGAUGUACUUCCUCCUGGGAAUCACCUUGCUGCGGUCUUACAUGCAAAGUGUCUGGACAGAAGAGGCUCAGUGCUCGCUCCUCAAUGCAUCCAUCACAGAAACCUUCAACUGCUCAUUUAGCUGCGGUCCAGACUGCUGGAAAAUCUCUCAGUACCCCUGCCUCCAGGUGUAUGUUAAUCUCACCUCUUCUGGCCAGAAGCUUCUGCUCUACCACACCGAGGAAACAAUGAAAAUUAAUUCUGAGUGCUCAUACAUACCCAAGUGCGGCAAGAACUAUGAGGAAUCCAUGUCGCUGGUGAACGUCGUGAUGGAAAACUUCAGGAAGUACCAACGCUUCUCCUGCUUCUAUGACCCUGAAGGUGUUCAGAAGAAUGUGAUAUUAACAAAACUGUACAGCUCCAACGUGCUGUUCCACUCCCUCUUCUGGCCCACCUGCAUGAUGAUUGGCGGGGUCGCCAUCGUCGCCAUGGUAAAGCUGACACAAUAUCUUUCCCUCCUUUGCGAGAGGAUCCAAAGGAUCAACAGAUAAAAUUGGAGACUUCUCUGAUGGAAUCACAGUGAAAAUACUGUUCUCUCAUUCUUCACCAAAGAACCUUAAGUUUGUAAUGUGCAAGUCUGUUAUGAGUUCCUUAUAUUCUUAUAAGUAGAGCAAUAAUGCAAAAGCUGUUCUAUAUGCAAACAUGAUGUUAUUAUUAUGCAGACACCUGGGAAAAAUACUGUUUUGUGUUGACUGUCUCUAUGAUCUUGGUUGAUGCUGAGACUAGUACUUCUUUCUUUUCUACAGCCAAAAUAGGGCUCAGUGUGACCUUUUGCCAAGCUUAGUCAAUUGACAUUUUUCAGUGUAAAGGAUUCUGGGGAAAAUUCACUACUGGACAAAGGGCAGCCAACCACUUGUGCAUCACUGCAAGUCUCAUGCCUGGCUCAGUCCAUUCAAUGGAUUUGUGGCUUUGCUUUCAUAUUACUGGCUGCAGAGAUGGAAAAAAAAUGUAUCUAUUAUUGAUAG